GGUGUGUCAGUGUCAGGAAGGGUGGUGAUGCUAGUACAUUUAACUUUAUACGACAAGACGAACAAAUCAAGAUGAAGCGGUGGCUUUCAGGAGAUGAUAAGAGGUGCAAGGAACCAGAAGUUUAUGAAACCGUAACUGAGGGUUUAAAGAAAUUAUAUCGACAAAAACUACUACCACUUGAAGAACAUUAUAAAUUCCAUGAUUUUCACUCCCCACAGCUGGAUGACCCCGAUUUUGAUGCUAAACCGAUGGUUCUCCUCAUCGGUCAGUAUUCCACAGGUAAAACCACUUUCAUCAGGUACCUUCUGGAACAAGACUUCCCCGGAAUUCGGAUCGGCCCCGAACCAACAACAGACCGGUUUAUUACUGUUAUGCACGGAUCCCAAGAUGGGAUAAUUCCAGGAAAUGCCCUUGUUGUCGACCCGAAGAAACAAUUCCGACCGCUGUCAAAGUUCGGAAAUGCAUUUCUUAACAGAUUUCAAUGUUCUUCGUUAAAUAACCCAGUAGUGAAGAGCAUCACAAUCGUUGAUUCACCUGGUAUACUCUCGGGAGAGAAACAUAGAGUAGAUAGAGGUUACGACUUCGCUGGUGUACUGGAAUGGUUUGCAGAGCGAGUUGACAGGAUAAUUUUAUUGUUCGACGCACACAAACUUGACAUUUCUGAUGAAUUUCGACGUGCUAUUGAUGCAAUUAAAGGGUACGAUGAUAAGAUACGCAUUGUUCUGAACAAAGCUGACAUGAUAGACCAUCAACAGCUGAUGAGAGUGUAUGGAGCACUAAUGUGGUCCCUGGGUAAAGUCCUUGGCACCCCAGAAGUUGCACGAGUGUACAUUGGUUCAUUCUGGGAUCAGCCUCUUCAUUUUGACAUGAAUCGUAAAUUGUUUGAGUUAGAAGAACUAGACCUUUUCAAUGAUAUCCAAAGCCUGCCAAGAUAUGCUGCCUUAAGAAAACUGAACGAUCUCAUCAAGAGAGCCAGAUUGGCAAAGGUACACGCUUAUAUCAUCAGUCACCUGAAGAAGGAGAUGCCCUCCAUGUUUGGGAAGGACACCAAAAAGAAGGACUUGAUUAAGGGUUUAGGAGAGACCUACGCAGCGCUACAGAGGGAGCACCAAAUCUCGCCUGGAGACUUCCCCAGUCUGACAAGGAUGCAGGAGCAGCUUCAACAUCAUGAUUUUACCAAGUUCCAUGUCAUUAAACCAAAACUUCUCGAAGUAGUCGAUCAGAUGCUCGCCCAAGACAUUGCUCGUCUCAUGCAAAUGAUUCCCAUGGAGGAGGCAGCCAGUGCCCAGCAAGGUCCUGGGGUACAGGGUGGAGCCUUCGAGACCAUGAGCGAGAGCGUGUUUGGAUAUGGACGGGGAGAGGGUAUUGACGAGGGUCGCGGUGAUCAUGAAUGGGUUGUCAACCAGGAGAAAUACAAAUAUGAUGAAGUGUUUGAAAAGCUCAAUCCUGUAGAUGGUAAGAUCAGUGGUGCUUCUGCCAAAUCAGAGUUGGUGAAAUCCAAGCUGCCAAAUUCAGUGUUGGGGAAGAUCUGGAAGUUGUCAGACAUUGACAAGGAUGGGAUGUUAGAUAUGGAUGAAUGGGCUUUAGCUAAUCACUUAGUAAAGGUAAAAUUAGAUGGAAGUGAUUUACCUGCAACACUUCCGAAACAUUUGAUUCCACCAUCCAAAAUGAAUCUUGUGUGAAAUGAUGCCAACUAGAAAAUAGAAACUAUUCAGAAAUUGUUACGAGGAUAGAUAAACAUGAAGUUUCUAGAUGUCAUGGUAUAAUUACCUCAUUGGAUGGAAAGAACGUGGGAAAAAAUAAUUCACAGAAGAACGACAAAGAAAAGAAAAAUAAGGUCAAAGGAGGUAACAUGUAUUUAUGGAAACUCAGAUGUGGUCGUUUGGUACCAUGUGUAAUGUGUGGCUACUGUAUGUUGUGUAGUCCAAACAUGUUAUAAAUUGUACACAUCUUUUCUUCCAAAGCUGAUUCCCUAAGUUAAGAUCAUUUUGACUGCAUUACUAUGCAUCCAUAUAUACUUGUUUCUGUUCAGAACCAUCUAUAAAAAGUCAGAUAUAUAAGUAUGUUUUGUAAAACCUUAAUAUUAAGUCUUCAAAAUGUUUUUAUUGUGGAGCAAGUUUGUUUACAGUAUUGUACAUACAAAUGUAUGUGUGCAUUUCAGAGUCAACAUUAUUUUUCUUUGCAAAAUUUAUUUUUAAUGAAGAAUUUGUAACAAUUAGGAAUGUGAUAAUUAUUUUGUAAGGACAUACAGAUCAAUUUUGUGUCUGUAUUCCACACCAGCUUUAGGAAAAUAGCACAUGUGCACUGACUUCAAAGUUUAGUACAAAGAAAUAUUUUCAUUGAGAUUAUACAUUUUUGAUAUAUGUAUGGAGAUUGCAGGAGGAUGUCAACUUCCAUACAUUACCUAUAUCAUCUCAGUGUCCCAGUUGGUAAUUAUAAUCACCUCAAUGUACUAUCCCAGUGUUGCUGUUGGUAAUAAUAAUCACCAUACUGUACUAUCCCAGUGUUGCUGUUGGUAUUUAUAAUCACCUCACUGUACUAUCCCAGUGUCCCUGUUGGUAAUUAUAAUCACCAUACUGUACUAUCCCAGUGUCCCUGUUGGUAAUUAUAAUCACCAUACUGUACUAUCCCAGUGUCCCUGUUGGUAAUUACAAUCACCUAACUCUAUCAUCCCAAUAGCUGUUUAUUAUAAAUGCAUGGUGAUUAAUCUGUUCCCAAUUUUGUGUCCCUCUCAUUAGCAUAGCCUCAUUGUUAAAACAGCACGGAAAUCAAGUUUACUUUGUUAAAUUAAUAAUCAUACUUGUAGGCAACAAAAGUGAACCCUAAAGGUGUUACGUGUGAACAAAAAAGAUUGAUUCACUCAGUUAAAAAGUUGUGACACCAAAAGGGAAAGUCCCAAAAGUGCUUUGUGUGAACUGUGGAUAGAGUAACCUGUCAUUCAGAACCUCUCUCCCCAGUUACAGGAACAACACAAUUCACAACUGCCUUUUAGUUCCUAUUUUUUUUCACCUAUGAAAAGGGUUGUAAUAUGCUUAUCAGAUAAUACUAGACUCACUUCACAUGGCUUUGCCAUCAUUCAUAUUUAAGUACCAGGACAUCCAACAACAUUAUUUCUAGUACAACCAAACAUUUGUGGACUGAUAUGUAUGUAGUAAGAACAGUAUAAAAAGGAUGGUAGAGAUGAUGUCUGUGAGUAGACUUGUAAGGGAUGGAGGUACCAACAGAAGUAAGCUUUUGAGACCAUAGAGGUACAGGAGUAGGCUGGUGAUAUGAUAAAGGUACUAACAGGAGUAGGCUGGUGAGAUGAUAAAGGUACUAACAGGGGUAGGCUGGUGAGAUGAUAAAGGUACUAACAGGAGUAGGCUGGUGAUAUGAUAAAGGUACUAACAGGAGUAGGCUGGUGAAAUGAUAAAGGUACUAACAGGAGUAGACUUGUGAGAUGAUAAAGGUACUAACAGGAGUAGGCUGGUGAGAUGAUAAAGGUACUAACAGGAGUAGGCUGGUGAGAUGAUAAAGGUACUAACAGGAGUAGGCUGGUGAGAUGAUAAAGGUACUAACAGGAGUAGACUUGUUAGCUGAUAAAGGUAAUAACAGGAGUAGACUUGUGAGAUGAUAAAGGUACUAACAGGAGUAGGCUGGUGAGAUGAUAAAGGUACUAACAGGAGUAGGCUGGUGAGAUGAUAAAGGUACUAACAGUAGAUUGUGAGAUGAUGGAGUAAGUAUACUUGUGAUUUUAUUCCUGACUUUAGUAUGAGAUUUUUACACAGUAAUGACAUUAUAUUACAAAUGUUACAAUGAUGUACAGUUUUAAUAGUUGAGUAUUGUUUGUGGUAAUGUUUGCUCGGAUGUAGAUAUAUUGGCUCAGAAUUGUCCAACCAUCAUAUGACAUUGUAAUGAGAUUUCACCUUGGAGUUCAUGAUCAUAGCAUUGUAUUCAUUAUAUCAUUGGAAGUCUCCACAAGUGUCAUUGCUUGUAUAGAACAUAGCAGGCAGAGAUUUGUAGUAUUGCUGGGACGUUAGAUUCAAAACAAGGUGUUCCACUGGUGAUUGUGGUCAUCAGUGGUCAAUGAUUGUGGUCAUCAGUGGUCAAUGAUUGUGUUUAUCAGUGGUCAGUGAUUGUGGUCAUCAGUGGUCAAUGAUUGUGGUCAUCAGUGGUCAGUGAUUGUGGUUAUCAGUGGUCAGUGAUUGUGGUCAUCAGUGGUCAGUGAUUGUGGUUAUCAGUGGUCAUCAGUGGUCAGUGAUUGUGGUCAUCAGUGGUCAUUGAUGUUUGGAGCCUCAUAGAGACGUUAGAACCUGUGGUUGUGGUGGUCAGUGAGGGUUGGAGCCUCACUUGGAAAUUGUCUCGGCUGUGACUGAGGUCGUCAGAAACUGGGCAAUUUAAUCAGUAGUAGUUAUUUACAAUCAGGCGCAGUGUGACGUCACUGUCUGUGACUGUAACUAGAUUAGUUCUGUAUGAUGGCUUUGGAUGUUGUUUUUACUGUUAAAUGUUAAUAUACAGAUAGAUAUCUAAUCGCUGAUUAUGAUAGGCUAUCUACAGAUAUAAUACUGAACCCAUGCUCUACAGUAGAUAAAAAGGCAAAAACAAUUCAAUUGUAAAUAAGAAGUAGUAAUCCUGUGUUAUUGAACCAUUUAUUGUGUAGAUGAUAAACCUGUUAUAUUUUGAUGAUUUUGACAAUAAUCCAUUCUGUAAUAACUGAUGUGUGUUCCUGUAUUGUAAGUGUAAAUGUACUUAAUUCUACAGUGUAAAACUAUUCUAAAGGAGAGGCCAUAUUUAUAUCUCUAGACAGUAAUUGUCACACUUAGUCUGAUAAAAUCUCCUGUAUAUUGAUAUAUGUAUGUAGCAUGUAUGUAUUAUAUAAAGUUAUUCAAUGAUUUAUUAAAAGUAAUAAAACAACGUAAUACAAUUAAGUUUUUAUCACUUACACAAAGUUUUUUUUAGAUAGGAAAGGGUUCUUUUAUCAUUCAAUUUGGGACAUUUGGUAUGUAGAGAGUUCAACAAAUUAAAGAAACAUAAUUGUUUAUGCUCUGUGGCUUUUAAGGAUAUGUGCUACCAUCAAUAAUUUUUGUUCUGUGAAGAGUUCCAUUUGAAAAUGUGUAUUUUUAUAGAUGUCUAUUUUUGUUCACUGUACAGUGAGUUUGACUUGAUAGUGCUAGAAAUCCUCACCAUAGUUUUGGUGAAGCUGGUGUCAACAUGGGACUGAUGUACAGUGUUCACAUUUCAAAACUGAAAUGACAAUAAGAUAAUGAAAAAUUCUACAACUCUUAUGUAAUGUAGACUAGGAUAUUGGCACAAAUUGUUUAAAUACCCAGCAUUUGAAAGUGUUCUGUCCAGACCUCAGCAUGCUUACAUUUGAAGGUGUGACAUCUAGGCCUCGGCAUGCUAACAUUUGAAGGUGUGACAUCUAGGCCUCGGCAUGCUAACAUUUGAAGGUGUGACAUCUAGGCCUCGGCAUGCUUACAUUUGAAGGUGUGACAUCUAGGCCUCGGCAUGCUAACAUUUGAAGGUGUGACAUCUAGGCCUCGGCAUGCUAACAUUUGAAGGUGUGACAUCUAGGCCUCGGCAUGCUUACAUUUGAAGGUGUGACAUCUAGGUCUCGGCAUGCUUACAUUUGAAGGUGUGACAUCUAGGCCUCGGCAUGCUAACAUUUGAAGGUGUGACAUCUAGGUCUCGGCAUGCUAACAUUUGAAGGUGUGACAUCUAGGUCUCGGCAUGCUAACAUUUGAAGGUGUGACAUCUAGGUCUCGGCAUGCUAACAUUUGAAGGUGUGACAUCUAGGUCUCGGCAUGCUAACAUUUGAAGGUGUGGCAUCUAGGUCUCGGCAUGCUAAUAUUUGAAGGUGUGACAUCUAGGUCUCGGCAUGCUAAUAUUUGAAGGUGUGACAUCUAGGUCUCGGCAUGCUAAUAUUUGAAGGUGUGACAUCUAGGUCUCGGCAUGCUAAUAUUUGAAGGUGUGACAUCUAGGUCUCGGCAUGCUAACAUUUGAAGGUGUGACAUCUAGGUCUCGGCAUGCUAAUAUUUGAAGGUGUGACAUCUAGGUCUCGGCAUGCUAACAUUUGAAGGUGUGACAUCUAGGUCUCGGCAUGCUAACAUUUGAAGGUGUGACAUCUAGGUCUCGGCAUGCUAACAUUUGAAGGUGUGACAUCUAGGUCUCGGCAUGCUAAUAUUUGAAGGUGUGACAUCUAGGCCUGGUCACGCUUAUGUUUAAGGUGUGCUUCAGGUGCUGUGCCCUUGGUAGCUUAUACUGUGGUUUCUGUGUUAUGACGAUGUUUGUGUUGUGCUUAUAUAUUUAUGAAUAUAUAUAUAAUCGUAUAUUGUACAUGUUUAAGGUUUGUUUCAUUUAACCCUUCUUCAUUACCUUUUUAUUAAGAUUUUGUUUAAUGAGAAUUCAAUACUUCUUGUGGUUAAUUUAUGUUUUACCGUAAUUCCAUAGUAACACAUUUUUAUUGUAAAGAAUGGUAAUGUUAAAAUGUUAUUAAAAAAUUAGAAAUAUAUUUCAAGUCCUCAGAUGCAGAAAAUGAUCUCACUGGACAAAUUUCAGGCUUAAAGAACAUACAAAGAGAGGAUGGAUCAGGAUGUUUACCAUUGCAGCUACUGAGGGGUACAUCAAAUGUCUAUUGUUUGUGUUACAAAAUUGUACUGAUGAGUUUGGACUUGUUAUGCUGGAGCCUGAUGUAAAAUUUAGUGUUUUAUACAGCAUCAAUUACCCAGCAUUAGUACAAUGGAUGGAUUAGACUUUAGAUAACUGACAUGUUAUAAACAAACUCCCCAUCCAGUGAUCUUUUCAUGUAUUUAUUUACAUCAUCCUGAAAUGUUUUGUUGUACCGUUAUUUACUGCUGGGAUUUGUUCUAGUCAUAUUUCACCAGACAGCUAGUGUACAUGCCAUACCUACUUUAGAACACCUACUGAAUAUACGAGCUCAGUACUUAACAGCUCUGUGUACAUUUGUGACUAAUAUUCGUGGAAAUCAGAUAUGUUGUUUGUAGAGAUGUUUAGAAUCCUCUAUACUAACUGGUUUAUGGUUGACUGUCCUACUUCAUGAUCUAACAUCACAAGAUGAUGGUCAUUAUUAACAUUGUAUAAGUUUAUUAGAAUUAAUCACACUGUCCCUCUGAGAGUUACGUUUAUACUGCUAUUCCCUCAAGGGAAAUUAAGAAAUGGAUGUUUAUCAUUGAGACUGUUUGUGUACAAGGACCUUUUGCAUCAUCAGAGGCCAUAUAUAUACAUUAUACAAUGGUGAAGAUAGAGUCACUUUUCUAUCAGUAAGAAUAGCUGUAUACUGUUGUACACAAUCCCGUUGCUCAUCAGGAGUUCUGACCAAACAACACCUAUUUUCUCAUACCUGUUUAUUCUAUAUUACAAGCCAUCUUAUGUGCAAUAAUAAACAUAUUCUACAUAUAAUACAUUAUGUUUAUGUAUAUUUUAUUUCAAUUUGUAACUAUUUAUGUUCAUGUAUUCGUGGAUAUUGUGUUCCUUGUUCAUGGUUCUUAUUCAUGGCCAGGUAACCAACGUCACUCUGAUGGCUGACCUUGGUUCCUUUACACGAACUGGUAACCCAAGUUACUCUAUUACUUGAUCUUGAUUCAUUUGCACAGUAUGGUUACUAAGGCUGCUCUGUUACCCAACAUUGGUUGCUAGUCACAACCUGGUAAAAAAGUCUCUCAGUUGCCUGACCAUGGUUUCUUUGCAUGGACUGGUAACCAAGGUUACUCUGUUACCUGACUAUAAAUCCUUUGUAUGUACUUGUAACAAAGGUUACUCUGUUACAUGACCUAGUUUUCUUUGCACAGCUUGGUCGCUAUUCAAGAUCUGGUAAUAGAGGUUUCUCUGUUGCCUGACCUUAGUUGAUUUACACAGCAUGGUAACCAAAAAAGGUCGCUGUGUUACCUGACAUUGGUUGCUAUGUACUACCUAGUAACCAACUUACUCUGUUUCCUGACAUUGGUUCAUUUGCACUGUUUCAUAAUCAAGGUUACUCUGUUGUCUUACAUGGGUUGCUAUGCAUGGCCUUGUAACCAACUUUACCCUGUUACCUGUCAUUGGAUGCAUGGCCUGGUAAUCAAGGUUACUUUGUCACCUGACCAAUAGUUCCUUUGUAUGGAAAUGUUAACAAGGCUACUCUGUUUGUGUACCUGAGGUUGGUUCGUUUGCAAUGCCAGGUAAUCCAGGUUAUUCUGUUGUCUAACAUUGGUUGCUAUGCAUGACCUUGUAACAAAGAUUAUUUUGUCGUCUGACCUUGGUUUCUUUGCACGGCAUGGUAACCAAUGUUUCUCUAUUAUCUGACAUAGGUUGCUAUGUAUGACCUGGUAACCAAGGUUACUUACACCUGACCUUGGUUCCAUUGCACAGCUUAGUAACCAAACGUUCUCUAUGGCCUGUUCUACGAUACAUUUGUGAAAUGUUAUCGAUAUUACACUGCUUACAAUGUUCAAACAUCUGAAUAAACCAAUUACCAAACAA